AUUUUAGUGUCUUAUAGUUGGUCUCAUCAAGUUAAACUGAGCCCCUCUACCACAGUCUAAAAUAAAAACCUCCACGAAGCCUUUUCUAAUUUCACACUCCAAUGCCGUUUCUUAAUUGUCAUCUUACUUUGUGCUAAGUUACAGUCUGGAUCGAUCCUUCCGUGCGCUUCAUCGAGUUAAUACUCAUUGACUGGGCUGUAAGUCAACGCCAUCAACUGCUAUAAAUAUGAGGACAGGACACAGUCCUAAAAGCUCCAGUUCUGAGCCCAGCAGCUUCGACAGGCGGAAGAAUAUCCAACAUGAGGAAGCUGUUCUACAACAAAGAACGCGGAGUUACCGAAAAAUUUGUUUUACUCAGCGUCUAUUUCGCUCUUUUGCUGGACAAUCUUCUACUGACGGCCGUAGUGCCGAUUCUCCCGCAUUUUGUACACCGUGCUGAAAAUGGACAGGAAGAAAACGGGACGCUUGUCAGCCCCGAGACUGGCAACGAAACAUCGUCUAGCCUGUACAACUUAUUGAAAUCGUCUGCCCAGCACUUCCACAUUGGCCGAGGCUACCAGCCUGAAAUAGGCGAUAAUAGUCGACUGGGAUUCCUGCUCUCUUUAAAAGCCAUCGUGCAGCUGGCGGCUAAUCCUUUGAUAGCCGUCGUCAGCCAGAGACAAGGAUUCGCUUUGCCUCUUCUCGUUGGCACCGUCAAUUUAAUCUUAUGCGCUUUGCUCUUUGCCUUUGGUCGAUCUUAUGAGAUCUUGUCGUCAGCUCGGGCUCUGCAAGGCAUCACGUCCGCUUGUUUUACAAUUGCUGGCCUUGGGGUGGUAGCGUCAACUUACAGCGAAGAGACUAAACGAAGCGAAGCUCUUGGCCGAGCUUUAGGUGGAGGAGCCGUUGGAGUCCUUCUAGGUUAUCCAAUCGCCGGGUUCUUAUAUCAGCUUACUGGAAAAUCUGUACCAUUUCUAUUAAUCGCCUUCUUGGCUGCCCUUCUGUUAGGUAAAAGUCAUUUAAGGACAUGGAAUUUAGCCAACCUUAAUAAAAAUGGAUUCGUAGUUGCUUUCUCGGUGACACUGCGCGUCUCUGAUCAUCAACAACAGAGGAAUGAAGACGAAUCCAUAGAAGAAGACAUUUGUUUUUCAGCGGAAAAUUGUCCUAGCCGGAAACCUGUUGAACCUCCUCAGCAGUAUGUCCAUCAUCGCCAUUUGGUUCUUGGUGUUGUAGUUGGCGCAAUAUUUAUUUCCACAUCGGUCAUGUCUCUUCUGGAACCGUGCUUGCCAUUUUGGCUCAUGAAGACUAUGAAACCGGAACGUUGGCAACUUGGAGCUGUUUUUAUUCCCGACAGUUGCGGUUACUUGUUAACCACUCACUUCCUCGGUGGUUUAGCUUACCGUGUCGGUCGUUGGAAAGUGGCAAUGCUCUCUAUGAUAAUAUUGGGUAUCUCUUGCACUUUGGUGCCUCUUGCUAGUUCCAUCAUCCAUUUAACUGGUCCGCAUUUCUGCAUAGGUGCCGGGAUAGGUGCUGUUGAUGCGUCGCUAGUGCCUCUCUUGGCUACGCUGGCAGAAAAUCGUCAACGUUUAGAAAAGAUUGUCGAUUUGUCCCCGUCGUACGGUAAAACCUUUGCUCUUGGACAAACAGCCGUUAGUUUAGCCUACUGUUUAGGUCCAAUGUUAGGUGGAAUGCUGGUGGAAUCUUUGGGCUUUCCUCGCCUGAUGCUUUGCAUGGGUGUUUUGAAUUUAGUCUUUGCUCCACUGGUCCUAAUCCUUAAAUCCGAUGAACCUGAAAAAGUAUCUGAGCUAACUGCUCUGACGUUAUUCUCGUCUGAUCACAGGGGAUACAGUCGAUUCGAAAAUGAGGAACUCGAGAAUGUAGAUGAAAAACGUUAG